AUGCAUGCGCCAACAACAGCCCAGAGCGCGCCCAGACGGCGUAGUCGAUCCCAGGACGCAGCUUCUUCCUCGAGUUUGCCAGCCCUUGGAUCGUUGAGAGAUAGCAGCGCCACCUCGGGACGCAAGGUACCUACUAGCCAGGCUCUGGCCUCCAACUCGACCUUGUCGUCAGAGCAGUCUGCCUCUGGUUCCCGCUCCCUGUCGGCCAGCUCGGCCAACUCCAAUGCCUCUGAUCCCCUUGCGUCCCAGCCACACUCUCCUGCCGCGCGCAGACAUAGCGCAGCUAGGUCAGAAGCCUCGGCCAAGAUGAAAGCCACCCUUUCCGCCGCGUCCUCUGAAAAAGCCUCAUCUCAGCGAGCCACUGAGCGCUCUUCGCCCGCAGCUCUGCAGGCCUCCAGCUUGAACCAGGAUCGAGCAACGACCAGCGCGACGCACCCAUCCUCGACCUCAACUACGCCCCACCGCCGCACAGCUGCGCCAGACAGCAGCCAGUUUCGACCCUCCGUCAAGCGAUCGACGACCCUGGACGACUCUUUAUCAGGCCACCCUAUCAACGCUUUCAGAACGGAAGCAGCCAACUUGCCCGCCAUUCCUGUACAGGCGUACGCAGCUCCGAACACCCAUCUCAAAGGCCUUGACACGAACACAAACCAUCCCAAUUCGCAUUCUCACACAGCUGCCCAUCUGCCGCCCCAACUGAGCGCCACUUCCGCUCCCUUCAUGACAUCUCCCUCACGCUCUGCGCCCUCGCCUGCCUUGCAUCAUCCUUCGAAUACAGGCACGAUCACGACGCCUUCUGCCUCGCCAAAUGGUCGGAACCGAUCUCAAACUGCCGCUAUCGCCAAUGGCGCUUCAGCGCAUUCUGCCAGCUACGCUACCAACGGAUCCAACGUCUCCUACCACGGCUCCCGCAGCAUGCGCACCAGUCCGCAAAUGCGCGCUUUGCCGCACCAAAACCACGUGCAGACCUCCAAUUUGCAGACUCUGGGAGCCAGCAUGAUGGCUUCCGCCCCUAGCUCCGUCUACGGUGUAAGUCACAACGCAAGCGGCGCCACUGCUGGAGCCGCAGCCACAAGUCCUGGCCCCAACCAUUCGCACUCCGGUCCACAUUGGGAGCGUCACACGACCGAGUUGACCAACUGCAUCGUCGCCUUCCUCUCGCCCAUCCUACCUACUGAAGAGGAGUACAGGAUCAAGGAGGCAACCCGACGUCAGCUUGAGAGACUCUCCAACCGUGUCAGUCCGGGUGCUAAGCUCCUCGCCUUUGGAAGUAUGGCCAACGGAUUUGCACUGCGCAACUCGGACAUGGAUCUCUGCUGUCUCAUGGGUAAGGGCGAUGAUGGCCAUCCCACCACGCAGCAUACUGCUUCCGAGCUUGUAGAGAUUCUCGGUCAGCUCAUUCGUGAGGAAACCGAUUUCAAUGUGAUGCCGUUGCCCAAGGCGAGGAUCCCGAUCAUCAAGAUCAACCGCUCACCUACCGCCGAUCUGCCUUACGAGAUUGCAUGUGAUAUCGGCUUCGAAAACCGUCUGGCGCUCGAGAACACACGUCUCUUGCUCAGCUAUGCCAUGGUGGACCCGCCUCGUCUGCGUACGCUUGUGCUCUUUGUCAAGGUGUGGGCGAAGCGCAGGAAGCUUAAUUCGCCCUACAUGGGCACCCUUUCGUCCUACGGUUAUACACUCCUGGUGCUUUUCUUCCUUGCACACGUCAAGAAGCCUGCGGUUCUGCCCAACCUUCAGCGGAUGCCUCCAACGCGUCCCAUGGAGCCCGAAGAGAUGGUGCUCAACGGCAACAACAUCUACUUUUACGAUGACGUUGCAGCACUUCGCAAGGAGUGGAGCUCACAGAACACGGAGAACGUCGGUGAACUUCUCAUCCACUUCUUCCGCUACUUCUCCAAGGAAUUCAGUUACAGUCGCGAUGUCAUCAGUCUCAAGUCAGAGACAGGUCUGGUGUCGAAGGAUAGCAUGGACUGGAAUGCAGAGCUUUGUAUCGAGGAUCCCUUCCAGAUGGGCUACAAUGUGUCACGAACCGUCACCAAGGACGGUCUGUACACCAUUCGCGGCGAAUUCAUGCGUGCCAGUCGCAUCUUGACUAAUACUCGCGGUCAAAAGGUCUCGGCUCUCAUUGCCGAGCUGACGGAUGAGCGUGAGGACAGCCUCAGCCGCGCACCAGAUGGCCCCGGUACCAUGCAGCGCAACCCCUAUCAUCCCCACCUUGGUGUUGGUGGAGCAGGUGGCACCAGCUUCUAUGGUUCAGGAAGCAACGGAACGCGUCACUAUCGUGAUACCUAUGGCACCAACAGACGCUACGAUGUGUCCAACAUCAGCGGCUACGGAGGCAGCUUCGCGUUUGAGCAGAUGGCUCGCGGCUUGAGUCAAGGUGUUGCAUAUCCUCCAACGGCUGCUAUGCUCGCACCGUUGUCGCGUACACAUGGCCUGAGUCCCAAACCGCAAGCUCCCCGCUUUGCCUCGGCGAACACACAGGGCGGAGAUGGAGGAACUCCAUUCAGUUCUGCUCAGAGUGACUCGGGAGGAUAUGCUCCAUUGGACUUUACACGUGUCAGCAUUGGACAUGCUUCAGCUCGCACUUCGCCCUCGUUCAAGCAUGCUGUGCCGAGCGGAUUCUCCUCUGCCAAUGGCAUGGGGGCACAAGAGGCCUUCGCUUAUGGCGCCGAGAUCAGCUUUGGGGUUCCUUCUGUUUCGUCGACGCGAGACGAUCUAGACAGUACACCACGCAGCAAGACGUCGCGCUCCUUCUCCGAGACACUGAACCGAUCCAAAUCGCUUCUCAGGGCUGGUGCGAUGGCCAACGGGCACCGAGUACAGCAGGUCGCUGAUGGAACUGGAAACGCGACGCCGCCUGCAUCUGCUUCCCUUGCACCUCAUGCAAGCAUCCCAACACCGGCUCGAGCCACCUUCUACGGGCCAGGGUCGCCCCUGCCACUUGCCCCUGCGACGCUCUCGGUUCAGCAGGCAGGCUCAGCAUCGGGACGAGGCUUGCGCAGACUGUCCAACUCGAGUCAUGCUUCCUCAUCAGCUCACUUUGACAGUAACAGUGCCAGUACCUUGCACUGCUCAUCUGCAAGCUCGCCGUGGUCGCUUGGACCUGCAGUGGUCGAUGGUCGACGUCCUUCUCACCACCAACAGCAGGCAGAUACACAUGCUCUGGUGCAAGAGUACCUCCGUGGGGCGGCGCAGCUGGGUGCUGACCCCAUGCUGUCCAUUGAUGCUGACAAGCUGGGUUUGCGCUCACAAGAUUAUGCUUUGGUCGAUGAGCAGGACGAUGAAGAUAGUCGCAACCAGCACGAGACGGGCUCUGUGAUCAGUGAAGGAACACUCGACGAGCUUGCACGACUGUCUGAGCUCGAUGAUGCUGACUCGACAGCAUCGCCUGAUUGGCGAGCUGUUGAUGCGUCUUCGCAGCAGAAUCAGCAGCACUCCUCAAGCCAAGGUGGUGAGAGCGAGGGCGGAAAGACGCCCUCCUCGCUUCGACUUCCGGAAUCUAUCCUACAACAAGCCAAGUUGCGUCGCAAGGCGCAGCCGCAUGCCGUCGCUGCAGCUGCGGCGACGGCAGCCGCUAGCAGUGGUAUUGCGAGAAAGGAUAGAGAAAACAGCGCGGCAGACUGA